UAGCCAGUAUAAAAGUCGUUACUGUUCAAAACCGUUUCUACAUUAUCAGACCAAGAUGAGCAAAGUUAGCAUCUGUCUUUUGGUUGGAAUAGUUGUUACAUUGCUUCCGGCAAUCAACGGGGGACCAAUAUUCUGGUUCUAUCCAUGGAACAGCUGGAUUCCCACUAGCACAAGUGGUAGCAGCAGUAGUAACAAUGCCGGCUCAGCUUCAACCGGUACACCGAGACCACCGGUGAAUGCCACCAUCGCGUUAGGAAACCGACGAAACACAAACGCUACGAUUGAUAUGGGAACGGUUAUCGAUGGCCUAACCAUAAACUCACGUGGCCGACGCUCCAUCCCUAGCAACGAAUCCUAUAUCCAGGUUGGAAAUCACUUGAUUAAAAUUCCACCCACUGGAUUGUCCAAUCUAACGAUAAACAUCGUCGACGGAGUUCCGCUCGUGUCCCCUCAGGCUCCGGUUUGGCCAGCACAAACGGGUGACGGUUCGGCGGGAUUCAUCGGACGCAUACGGAGCUUUCUGGAUGAGUUGUUUAAACCGAAGCAGCAGCUGGAAGCAUCGGUUUAGGUUUUGAAGAAGAAAAGUUAUUCGCUCUAAGGAAUGUAUUGCUACCAAGGAAAAUUAUUGUGCACUUGAACGAAGUCACGCCAAAUUGCUUGCGGCAGGAUGUAUGUAAUAAAACGUAAGAACAAUAAAAUUUGCUGAAAAUUUUGGUAAAAAUAAAGCGUUCAGUUGUAAGCGAACAAAAGAACAACUGAGUCAAUUAAACGGAAAC